AUGAUAGUGUGGGCUGUGGGCACUACCAACAAGGCGAAGCUGGAGUGCGUCCAGGCUGUUGUUCGUAUGUGCUUUCCGAGUACUCAGCACGAGGUUCGUCCUGUGGCGGUGACCUCCAUUGUUCGUGCACAGCCCAUUUCGGCCGAGGAGUCGCAGCAAGGUGCACAACAUCGUGCUCAAGAAGCCCUGCGUCUUGUUCCUGAGGCUCACUAUGGUGUUGGGCUGGAAGGGGGGCUGGAGAAAAUUUCAGAUCGAUGGUUUGAAUGUGGUUGGAUGUAUGUGAUGGAGCGCUCUACUGGGAGAUGUGGUAUAGGCUCUUCUGCACGUUUCGAGAUGAGCCAAAAACUCAUGUCCAAGAUUCUCAACGAAGGCAAGGAGUUGGCUGAGGUGAUGGAUGAGCUGACUGGACAGACAGACGUAAGGUCUGGGCAGGGCGCGAUGGGAAUACUGACAGCCGGAUAUUUGAACCGUUCCGAGUGCUAUUCCCACGGCUUGAUUUUUGCGCUAGCUCCGUUCCUCUCUGAGCCAAAGUACUGGGACAAGUAA